GGAGAGAAACCAAAACUCUGAAAAUCCUGCUGCGGGCGAAAGCGAGCUGGAAGGGUAGACGCAGUUCUCGCGAGAAGCAGAGCGUCUCCCUCCGAGAGGGGCGGUUGCGCAGAGGUACCGCACGUGUGGCGUUCCUCCGGCCCCGAGGCAGGGUCGCGUCUCGUUUGGGUCUCGGUUAGAUUUGGAAUCGUGGAGAUGCGGAAGGAAACCCCUCCUCCGCUCGUGCCCGCGGCGGCCCGCGAGUGGAACCUGCCCCCUAAUGCGCCCGCAUGCAUGGAACGGCAGUUGGAAGCUGCACGGUACCGGUCUGGUGAGCCGCGACCCCGGGCCUGGAAGCCCCUUUACCCAAUCACGGGUGCCCUCUCCCGGGCCUGACCCUCCCAAGGCCUCCCCCUCGCCGUGUGCCCUCCCGAUCCAUACCCGGCGUCCUGGCCCUGCCCCAGCCCAGCUCCACAAACCUGAUCUCACAGUCAGACUCGUCCCGCCACGGGAUUUGGGAGGUUACCAUAGAAACGAGGCCUUCCAUCCGACACUUUGUAACCCUGCUCUCCCCAACGUAGACGGAUCCCUUCUGCUCGGGGCUUCCAGCCUGAGUGGUCGCUGCUGGGUAGGCUCUCUGUGGUUUUUCAAGGAUCCUAGUGCGGCCCCCAACGAAGGUUUCUGCUCUGCGGGCGUCCAGACUGAGGCUGGAGUAGCUGACCUCACUUGGGUCGGGGACAAAGGGAUCCUAGUGGCUUCUGAUUCAGGUGCUGUUGAAUUGUGGGAGCUAGAUGAGAACGAGACACUUAUAGUUAGCAAGUUUUGCAAGUAUGAACAUGAUGACAUUGUGUCUACUGUCACUGUCCUGAGCUCUGGCACACAAGCUGUCAGUGGUAGCAAGGACUUCUGCAUCAAAAUUUGGGACCUGACUCAGCAGGUGUCACUGAAUUCAUACCGAGCUCAUGCGGGACAGGUCACCUGUGUUGCUGCCUCUCCCCACAAAGACUCUGUGUUUCUUUCAUGUAGUGAGGACAGUAGAAUUUUGCUUUGGGAUACCCGCUGUCCCAAGCCGGCAUCACAGAUGGGCUGCAAUGCCUCUGGCUACCUCCCUACCUCCCUGGCUUGGCAUCCUCAGCAGAGUGAAGUCUUUGUUUUUGGUGACGAGAAUGGAUCUGUCUCCCUCGUGGACACCAAGAAUGCAACCUGUACCCUCAGCUCAGCUGUGCACUCCCAGUGUGUCACUAGACUGAUAUUCUCUCCACACAGUGUCCCCUUCCUGGCUUCUCUCAGUGAAGACUGUUCACUUGCUGUGCUGGAUUCAAGCUUUUCUGAGGUGUUUAGAAGUCGAGCCCACAGAGACUUUGUGAGAGAUGCUACAUGGUCUCCUCUCAAUCACUCCCUUCUUACCACAGUUGGCUGGGAUCAUCAGGUCAUCCACCAUGUUGUGCCGUUAGAGCCUCUCCCAGCCCCUGGACCUGACAGUGUUGUGGAGUAGAAUGGAUUUCAGGAAAAAACAAAACAAGCCCUCCAUCUGCAAGUGGUGUACUUGCUUGCCCCUGCCUUCCAUUUAUGAGAGCACAGGAGCCUUGUAGAGCAUGUUUACUCCCUAGUCCCGGGCAGUAACAGGCAGAUUCUGAGCCUGAGGGAGGCUGCAUCCCAUAGUGACUCGGAGGAAGAAACUUCCUUUAUAAAUGAUGUAUGUGAGUACAUGUGUGAGUGCGGUGUAUAGUUUGGAGUGGAGAAAAUUAUCCUUCAGCUUUCUCAAAGCAAUGCUCUUUACCCCCGACAAAGUAACCAGAGGAUUUUAUGCUUCCCAUGUCUGGGAAUUGGCUAUGUUGUUAGGGAUAUGGAAUGUGGGUAUCCCUAGAUUCUUGGGAAUACUUCACACUACUUAGAGGUGCAUAACUUAUUUUUAUAUAGAGUUUAAUUCACAAUUAUGGAAAUUACUUCCAUAUACAAAAGUCUGGCCCAGUGUACCUUGAGAAGACAACAGUUUUGUACAAAUCCCUGUUAAACUGAAUCAAAUCCAUUUUAUGGGUGAAUAAAUUUGGCCCUGCAGUGUAGUGCUUGCUCACCCUUUCCUUCCUUGGUGUUGUGUAUGAGAGAUGAGUGUUUUCCUGUCCUAGAUUUCACAGAUAAGUUUUAGGGAUGAUGGAGCGCUUAAAGUGUUUCAGUGAGGUGAGAAAAUUGAUGUGGAUUGUUAAAGAGGAAUCUGUCAUUUUUCCCACCUAAAAAUACCCUGAGGACUGAUCUGGGUACCUUCGUCUGGAGAGCUGAAGUCUAAAUGCUGUAUUUUUGGACUCCUAAGAUUUGAGAUCCAGCAUCAGGGAAACUGUCAAAAAUACUGAAAGGUGAAAUAAAGAUUUUUAUCAUUGA